GUUUGAACUAUGACAGUUCAGGGGAGGUGUGUUUUGUCACAACGCAGUAAGAUCAAACCUACAUACCCGUAUUCAGUGUAUGCAUGGAUACAUAUGCAAAUGAAUGAGUUGGGUUUGACGCUGUUUUAAGCAUAAUUACACCAUUAUCACUGUGGAGAAAACCAACGUAGAUAUACAAGAAACAUGCAUGACUGAAGCUCCUGUUACUAUGUGACACAUUAUCCGUCAGCGGAGUAAACAUUGAAUACUACAUCUGGAUCACGUGCAGCUGUCACGAUUCACUGGUGGUGGCAACAUGAGGAUAUCGACAAUAUGUCUGCUUGUCUUCACAGGCUUCGUUGCGAGGACAAAAACCCAGGGUAAGACACCUCUAUUUACAGCUAAGAGUAGUUGUAGCAGGACACAGACUCGGGAUCACCCUGAAGUUACGAUACUAUUGACUGAAAGGCACACACUGUUCACUUUGGGAUCGGUGUACAGGUGGGAUCUGUUCAAGGACAGGAUGACUCGGCACAAUAUCACAUCUGUCACCACACCCACAGCCAUUGACUAUGACAAUGUCACCAGGCGAAUUUACUGGACGGAUAUAAGCCGAGAGGAAAUCAGGAGUUCCGAACUUGAUGGUGGAAAUAAUACUCUGGUUCGAAAACUAAACAGUGUUUCAAACCCGCAUGGCAUGACUGUUGAUGGUAGUGCCGGCAAGAUCUUCUACACCGACUUGGGAAAUAAAGUCAUUGUGAGAAUCGACAUUAGUGGGUCUAAUAGUACAGUCAUUGUGAGUGAAAAUGUAAGCUAUCCAAUCGGCAUCAUUGCAGACAAAACCGACAGAAAGUUAUACUGGCUUGAUCACGACACUGACAUCAUUGAAUCAUGCAACUAUGAUGGGAGUGGAAGGACGACUCUGGUAUCAACGGGAGUCGAUGCACCGACGGGAGCCACUUUCAACGAAAAAACCGGACGUCUCUACUGGUGCGAAUACAACGGGAAUGUGUACUCCAUCUUAAAGGAUGGUACAGACAGAAGAACACAUUACAGGAACAUCUUGACCAAACCUCGCUUGAUGGACAUCGCUGUCUUCAAUGGUUUUCUCUACAUUAUUGACAGAACAUACAGGGGCAUUCGAGUGAUCCCUGAAAAGCUCAACUUUACGCACAUGGGAAUCCUUUCUUCAAGGUAUUUCAAAACCCUGACCGGAAUCCACGUCUUUUCUCCAAAUUCAGAAGAAACAGGGUGUGCUGACGGAAGAUACGGCGCUGGGUGUACUAGUGAGUGUGGCCUAUGUACUGGUGGCAUGUCUCUGUGUGAGAAGACCACGGGGUCCUGCUUGGCUGGGUGUGAACCAGGGUACAAGGGAAACUUCUGCAAGGAAGAGUGCAGACCUGGAACAUACGGCAAGAGGUGUUCCCCCUGUGGCAAGUGCAAACAAGGGACUACGUGUCAUCACGUGACCGGGAAGUGUCCAAGCGGCUGCCAACCCGGCUGGAGGGGAGGGGACACGUGCCAGCAGAGAGAUUGCCAUCCAGGACUAUAUGGAUUACACUGCUCAGUGCCGUGUGGCCAUUGUAAGUCUGAACAGACAUGUGACUCUAAUUCCGGUUCUUGUCCGAGUGGGUGCAGUGCCGGGUGGAGAGGGGCCACGUGCAAACAGAGAUGCAUAGCAGAUUACUACGGAGAGGGAUGUCGUCGGAUGUGUGGCUACUGCCACGGAGACGUGUGUAACCCUACCACUGGAGUAUGUCCAAAUGGGUGUCAACCCUACUGGAAGGGGGACGUUUGCCAGGACUUAAAUGUUGUAAAUUUAACGAGUUCAGCAACCAAAUCCAGGGAGAGGUUUGUUGAUGCUCUGAUCAUCGCUGCUGCCUCAAGGAUCUUUAAAAUGUUAAUGUGAACCCUUGAAUAUCUUCACAAGUACUAUAUUUCUUUUCCCUUACAAACCGAAUUCAAGAACUCACCUUGCAUAUAAGGUUUAGUUUCAUGGUUGAUUAUAAACUUACAGAAUAGGGAAUUGUGAUAUAUGCAGUGAAAACAACUCAUGAAUAGAUAGUCUCUUGGAAAAUGGUGUUACCUUAGAGGUGAUAAGGAAGGUUGGAAACGACAAUGUCAAAGAAGUGGCAAUCCAGAUUAGUAGAUAAAAUUACCUUCGACUCAGUCAAUGCAUUGCUUUACCUCCAUGAGAGAUGACUGCACAACCUUAGGUAGAUUUAACUAGAAACUGUUUUUUCUCUGCAUGACCGUUGGCUUUAAUUGCAUAUUACUUUCAUGUGGAUUUGAAUUCUCAAUACAUUGGCUUGCUUUAAUGAUCAUAUUGUGAUGUGUAUAUAACGCAUAUUUAUUCAUCAGGUUGUAUACAUUAGAAUGCCGUCAAACAGUAACGUCACAAUGCCAUUUUGAAAUUAUCAAAAUGUUAUUAUAUAUUCGUUUAUGAACUUUUUAAGAUGUUAUAAUAUAUUCGGUAUUGAAAUUAUCAAGAUGUUAUUUCAUAUUUGUUAAUGAAAUUGUUAAGAUGUUAUAUUAUAUUCGUUGAUGAAAUUAUGAAGAAUGAUGUAACUACAUUUUCGUUUAGGAAAUUGUAAAGAUGUUAUAUGAUAUUCGUUAAUGAAAUUAUGAAGAUGUUAUUAUUUUUUCGUUUAUUAAAUUGUAAAGAAGUUAUAUUAUAUUCGUUAAUCAAAAGAUGAAGAUGCUAUUUUAUAUUCGUUUAUGAAAUUGUUAGAAGGUUAUAUUUGAUUGGUUUGUGCAUCUGAAAACUGUCAUUUGAUCUAGAUAUUAUUCAGGGUUUAUUUUAGGGUUAAUUUUCCGACUUGCUGUGUAAUAUUUGUGUGCUUACUGAUUAACACCGCAGUCAGGACUAUCCAGCUAUAUCAUGGCGGCCUGUAAAACAGGUCUUGACAGGACAAACGAGUGAGUGACGGCAUGAGCAAUGUCCCACGUAUUCGGUGUACAACGAUACACAAACACCCCAAACCACCCAAUCCUUGUUGUGUGACAACUGCCUCGCAAAACUGAAACGUUCAGGGUACACGCGGCUAGGAGGCCCACCAUUUUAUGUUCUAGUGGGUGGGGGUGGAGGAGGGUUGCGUGGGAUGAGUCUGAACAUUGUAUUUUUUUCAAAAUACAUUUUUCUUUAUGGACAUAUGCUUUUCCCCCUCCAUCCCGACAGCCGAUCUUCGCUCCCUACUCAUCCCUCCCCCCCCCCCCCCUCCCCCCCAAUCCCCUACUCCCAAUAUCGCCAGUCGCUAACGGCUGUAGGUAUCACAUCACGCAAAAUAGUCAGAGAGUUUGAUAUGCUUUUAUCUCCUUCAAAUUAUUUUUAUAUGUGACUUUUUUUAUCUGAUUUUAUUAUGAUCCACAUGUUUCUUCGUAGAUUGACCCUUAAUUGUGUUUAUUUAAGAAUUUUUUGAUAAUGUACGUUUGUUGUUGCUUAUUUAUUCAGAAAUAAAUUACUCUUUUGACAAUA